UCUGGCGUAUUGCACGAACGUCAGUACUGCUCAGUCUAGAACCGGAGCGCAUAUCGGCCGCAACAAUGUCGCGAGCCGUGCUUUUUAUUAGUGUUUUUACUAUAUUGUUGGACGUCCUGUACGCCAGCCAGGCGACAAGCGGAGCAGAGCCUCAAGUCGCAGUGCUAUGCGAAGCAGGAGCGACCUACCACCCGCAGUACAUGUCUGCCGCAGGAAGAUGGACACCCGACCUCACCACGAAACCACAUAACUGCUUGAAGGAUAAGAUGGAGAUCCUUGACUAUUGCAAGAAGGUAUACCCCAGCCACGAUAUUACCAACAUCGUAGAGGCAUCCCACUACGUGAAGGUUAGCAACUGGUGCAAACUGGGAACCGGCAAUGCAGCGAAGUGCAAGGUCACUCGAUGGGUGAAGCCCUUCCGUUGUCUUGAAGGCCCAUUCCAAUCGGACGCGCUGCUGGUACCAGAGAGCUGUCUGUUCGACCACAUCCACAACCAGAGCCGCUGCUGGCAGUUCUCCAGGUGGAACGCCACUGCCGGCCGUGCUUGCGGACAACGCGGACUGCGACUUCGGACUUUUGCUAUGCUCCUGCCAUGUGGAAUAAGCCUUUUCUCUGGCGUUGAAUUUGUAUGCUGCCCUAAACAUUUUAAGGAAAACGUCAAAAUGCACAAACCAAUGGACGUAGGUGUGCCAGUAAGCCCCGGUGGUGAAGAAAUGCUGGCUGCUUCUGCUGCUAUGGACGAACGUGAUGAUGAACUACUUGACGAUGAAGACACGCUCACUGAUGAUGAUGACGACUCUCUCAACUUGAGCGAUGAUGAUGAUGACGACGAUGCUGAUGACGUAAUCACAGAUAUGGAUGAAGAUGAAGACGUUGACCUUACCCGAGACGAUGACGCAGAGGACGACGAUUACACCGACGGUGAUGACUCUGCCUGGCCUCGUCCUGAAUCUUCUGCUGCACCUUCCACCACUUCUACAACUACCACGUCAACAACUACUACCACUACGGCAUCAACUGCUACAUCUGACCCUUAUUUCUCGCAUUUCGACCCCCGUACUGAACACCAGAGCUACAAGGACGCUCAGCAACGCCUCGAAGAAACUCACCGUGAAAAGAUUACCAAAGUUAUGCGUGAGUGGUCUGAACUGGAGGACCGUUAUCAACAAAUGAUGGCCUCUGACCCAACGGCCGCGCAAACCUUCCGCCAACGCAUGACUGCUAAGUUCCAGGCUAAUAUUCAGUCUUUGGAAGAAGAAGGUGUAUCUGAACGUCGACGACUAGCUGCUCUUCAUCAGCAACGUGUAUUGGCUCAUCUUGCUCAAAGACGUCGCACUGCUCUCUCCUGUUAUACCCGCUCUCUGCGCGAUACUCCUCCUAAUGCUCAUCGGGUCCAGAAAUGUCUGCAACGUUUGGUCCGAGCGCUCGCAGCUGAACGAAGUGGUGCUCUUGCAGCAUGGCGUCGCGCUGCUGCCACUGGCAGGGAAGCUGCUGCUGCUGAACGUGCUAGUGCCGCUGACAGAUUACAAGAUGCUGAUCGCGCUCUGCAACGUGCUUUGACCUCCCUUCGUCGUCGCCCACAUCUCUAUGCCAGCAUCGGAACUGCUAUUGAAGAUUAUGUUCAGUCAAUGCAAUCCAAAGACGAUAUGGCCGUUUCACUAAUGUCGAUGACUCCGGAAGCCGAGGAACUCCUGCUGGACCGUAUUGAAGCUGAAGUACAAAGGGAACAAGCCGCUCGGGAGCAGCUCAGCGCUAAGAGGGAUCAACGUACGAGACAGCGUCAGGACAUCCAAAACGAACGCGCUAGGACAUCAAACGGAGUUAAGGAGAGCGAGGAAACCGAUGAUGAAGCUAGCGAAGUGAACGAGACAGAAGAUACGACCACAGUAUCAACGACACAGACAUCCCCAGCACCAUCAGCUUCACCCUCCCCUUCGGCUGCCGUAUCCGUGCAUGACAUCACCACGCGUUCUGCCUUCACUCAGGAAACAACAACCACGGAAAUCAUUACUAGCACGAUGACCGAGGCACCAGAGAGCGAAACUGAAACUAGUGAGAUCGGUGAAACUUCAAGCCGACGUUCAACUAUCGAGACGGAGGGCGAGGGUCUGCGUGCUGCUCUGGAACAAGCGGAGGAACGGGCUCCACCACCACCUGCGCACGCUCUUAAAAAUGAACUGCAACACACCCAGCCCGGAUACACAGUGCGUGGCCCCAGCCCCAGCAGCAACAACUCCGGCGCCCUGUACCCCGCACUGUGCGUCGGUGGUGCCGCACUGGCUGCCGCCGCGGCUGUCGCGCUUGCAGUCGCCCGUCGCCGCGACCGCGCGCCUUCUGCACAAGGCUUCGUGCAGGUCGAGCAGUCGGGAGCCGUUGCCCCAACUCCCGAGGAGCGACACGUAGCUAACAUGCAGAUCAACGGCUACGAAAACCCAACUUACAAAUACUUCGAAGUCAAGGAGUAAAUUGCUCGCCCUCUCUCAUCAAUCACCAGGCUUUCCUUCCUCCUAUUCUUCUUCUCUCUUCGGGAAAUGUAGACAACGGCAAGUGGCCAAGGAUUUAAUUCCUCAGCUCAUUUUGUUCGUAAACCCUGAGGUUCUUUUGGGCAACAUUUUUACAACAGAAAUAUUGUAAACAUCAAUUAGAAUCAUCAACAGAUUAUUAAGUACUGUCAGAUACAACGCCAUCUAGCGCUUAAUUCGAAGUUAGAUUUUGAUAAUGGUGCUUUACCUAAAACUCAAAAGAAGGUUCAGGGGUGGAAUGAAACUUUUCCUAUCUAUUAUUUGUGGUGUGUGCUAGAACCCCGUAGUUUAGGUCUUGCGACCUGUCCUUAUAUCUAUGUCCUCAAAUAAUUAAUUCUUUAUGGAAUGAAUGCGUGUGAUGAUAUGUUCAAACGGAUGGCAAGGCAGGCCUGGUGGUAAAAUACAUCCAUUUUAAUAAUAAAGCUUGUGUGAUUAGUCAACAUAAUUUCUUGCGAUCUCUCGCAGUCAGUCAAAAUAUAUACUUGAUAUUAGAAUUUAUAUUGUUUUGUAUAUUUAAUUUUUUAUGUUUGCACCAAAAUAUUUAUUUUAAUUUAAGAUUAGAUCUAAGUUUCGUCUAGUGUCAUGUAAUUCGUAAGUGUCACCUUGUAGUCGAGUUAUUUAAAUUAAGUUUUCGAGACCGCAUUUCGAGUGGCAAUAUGCAGUGAUAAUUUAACACGCUAUAUUUCUGUUUAUUAAAAGAAAGACUUCCCUGAUGAUAAUUUGACAUUUGAACAACUUUAGCAACUUAACUCUUCUAUAUUUCUUUCAUAAUUAAGAAUCUUGGGUUUGUACUGUCUGUCGCCACUCGGAACAACGGAACAAACGUCCAUGGUACGCUGUGUAUAUAGACUCCGCGUACGAAUUUGAACCUAAAUUACUUACACUUAAAGCCCGCUUUCAUUUUCUAACGUAGGUAGAUCAUAACGUGAAUUUUAUGUAAUAAAAUGCGAAAAUAUAUUUUAAUAAUUAUGUGUACUUAGCAAAGGGACGGGCGGCAAAGCCGGCGCGGGUGAACGCUCUUAGCCUUCGUAGACAUCUUCUAGUCAUUGAGAAACCUUUUCUUAGUCUGGGACGAUUUACCUCGGACGUGUUCUGUCUCUUUCCUUCUUAAACCUUCUUCGUUUACCCGCGGGACAAUACUCAUAGUUCCCAUUAAGAGAGGACUGUGUACUCAAAGUGUGCGAGAGAGACGUGCAAUCCAAUAUUGUGUGUUGUGAAGUUCAGAAAAAAGAGCUUCGUAUAUAAUCUAGUCAAAAAUGGGUGCAUCACAGAAUCGGUUUAUUUAACGGUUGUUUGCGCACAUUGGGUACUCGGUAACGCCGAAGCAGUAAGCUUAGUGAGUGUAUGUACGAUUAUUAUAUAAGUAGAUGUACAAAAGUAAUACAUUAUAUAGAUGUUUUAGCGUCAGAUACAUAGAUAUAAAGCAAAAUAUUAUUAUAUAUCGCAUUCGUCCGUUUAAUGUAAGGGCUUGCGCUCAUGUCUAUUCCCAGGUACCACACUAAUUAAUGUUACGCCGUAGUUAAGAUGUAAUUCUGCCUCAGUAUUAUAUACAUUUAAGCUUAUUUGUUACAUAAGCUAAUUUAUAUACACUUAAUUCUAUUUGUUUAUGGGCGUUGUGACGUUGCUACAUUAAGAAACUCAUAUCAGAUGCGUCACGGCGCUAUGGGCCCUUUUGUCACUACGAUGAGUUAUUGCCUAUUUUCGCGUAGUCCGAGAACAGAACAAUAGAUGGCGUUGCUAGCGAGUCGUAAUGAAGAAGGAAUCGUGGCGCCCGCCCGUAGCUUGUACGGCAUCUACGUAAGUUUACUCACUGUAUAACGUAAGUUUAAUCCUGCAUCAAGUAACCGCUGUAUUUUUACUAAUAACUAAGUAACGAGCCGACCACUUAUUUUUUUAACAAAACUUUUGCUCAAAAUCUGCUGUUUCUCGUCGGUAUUGAGGAUAAUUCUAAUCGAUGUUCAUAUAUAAUUAUUCGAUGUCAACAUUAUUCGAUGUUAGUAGUAAAACCCUGGUUUGUGUAACUUCAGAUCACUGUUUCACGUAUUUUGAAGAUAUAAUAAUAAAUGGUUUGAAAUUUUUUGUGUUUCCUGUGCUACAUUUUAUUGUGAGUUCGAAGUUCAAAUUGAAUCAAUAAAUAGGAAUUAAAAUA